AUGGAAGAGAAGGGAUUGUUGAAUGCCAAUAGGGAAAUCAACAAGUAUAAGCUUGAUCAUUCCACGUUCGACUUGAUAGAUGUGGACAAAUUCCACAACACGAAUUGGUCCACAGUUUUCGGUUACAUUUGGUGUUGGAUAUUGAUCUUCCUUUCAUGGAUCUUGUUAGGAGUUGAUAUUUAUACAUGUUUGAAUAUUUUAGUGUUCCACAAAUGGUCUACAGAUGAUUAUCAACCAUAUGCUUACUCCAUUGCUAAAUGGAUCUUCACAGGAUGUAUUAUAUUCCAAUUCGUUCUUUUGUUUUAUCAUUGGUUGUGGGCAAUACAUACUUAUAGAACCAGAAACAUUGCCUUGGCUUACGUUAAUAACAUUGCAAAGAUUCUUUAUACCGUCAAAUCAUACAACUUUCAUUGUUUGUUCAGUAAGAUUGAACAAGACACGUUCUUUGAUUGGUCUUGUUUCCUUUGUUAUAACGAGUUGGAUAAUGCCCUUCAAAUACUAGUGGCCGAUGCUCCGAGACAAGUUAUCAAUAUCUUAACUUUGAGAUACUACGCCACAGAUGGAGACCUUUCCAAUGAUAUCAUUGCCAACAUAAAAAAAAUUGCUGAGCUGAAUCUUCGAUUAUCAAUCAUUUUGUCAUUUAUGUGUCUUUCGGUGGCUAUCUUCGCUAUUUUCUUCUUCAAAUUCGUCUUGGGUAUGUUAUUCUAUUUGCCCGUAGUUUAUAAGCUUCGUGGUAAGGGUUUCAAGUCAUUGAAGAGGUACUGCUGUAAGAUAGUUAAUGAUAAAGUGAGAUAUUUGGUGUUAAAAAAUCAUAAACCUAAGGAUGAAUUGUUAGAAAGAGGAAUCUUGAACAUCAAUGAAAUUAAAGAAAAUCCAUUAUUGAAUGAUGAAAUCACCACUUUGGACAAUGAUUUUGAGUACAAAGCCCUGUUCCAUAACGAUAAUCAGAAACUAUUCAACCAUUCAUAUAACUUGAAAGAUUUGUCAGAGUCGAGGGAUCCAUUUAGAGAUUCGCAAGAACAACUUGGAGGAUCAAUGAUUGGAGAUAAUCCUUUUGAAGCUCAUCAGCGUGAGGGUUUGAGCAGACCUCCUAAAUCUUUUGCUCCCCUGUCACGACCAAACAACCCUUAUAAGCAUUCUUUUGGAUCGAUUAAUUCUGUUCAAAACCCAUUCGACACUCAACUGCAUCUACCAUUAAUGCUGGGUCAAGACAGAAGCUCGGAUGAGUUUCCUCCCAGGUCGGAUUCAUUAGAUUUCGUAUCUCGUACCCCAGUGAACCAUUCCCAAGAGACUUUUGCUGAUCAAUGGAACCAAAGUUACCGUGAGCAAGAACCUAUUCAACCAGAGAGAGCCUUAAGAAACACAAGCAUACCUGAUGGAGGGUUUAAUCAACCAAAACAAGGAAGAAAAAAACCUAGCAGCUUGAUGAACCUCGAGAACCCUUCGGCUUCUUCAUUGAAUGAGGCUCCAUAUCCUGUUAGAGGCGUGUCUGUUUUCAAAAAAGACAGGAGUCAAACAGAACCUAUACGCCCCAUUGGACAGCCUGUGAGUCCUUUGUCGGAGUCUGAAUCCCCAAUCAGUCCUCGAAGAUCUCCUGAGUAUCCUUUGAGUCCUAAAAAAAUCGUAGAAAGUCCGCAGAAAGACAUGACGUAUCCUUUGAGUCCCGGCAGAAUUUCUGUGAGCUCCAAAAAAGAGCCAUCGUAUCCUGUUAGCCCCAGUAGAGAUACUGACUUCGAUUUUAGUCCCCAGGCAGAUCCAGAGUAUCCUAUAAGUCCCCUCAAGUAUCCUGUAAGUCCUAAAAAAGACCCAGAAUACCCAGUGAGUCCUAAAGGCUCCAUAACCGUCGAUAGUCCUUACCCUGUAGACGAAAAUCUCAGUGAUAGCGACAGUGACAAUCAUAGAGGAUAUCCAUUAAGAGAUAUUUCCAAUUAG